UUUAAUAACAGGCUAGGCAGCAGUGAUAGAGAUAGAAGAUCAACCACGAGCCACUGUCUUGACCUUUAUAUAACCACUGCCACCAUGGCCUCUCAAGAGAUGGACAACACAGACCCCUCAACUAUAUCUGGAGCCACUCUAGAGAAAGCUAAAAGGGAGUUGAAUGAGGACCCUGGGAAGAGGGUAGAGCUCAUACAAGAGCUGGGGAGACAAAUCACGGAAGCUGAGGCUGCAACAGAUGACCUCAAGUUUACACGCAAAGACAAUAAAUUUCUACUCUGUUUCCUGCGAGCUCGGAAGUUUGAUGUGGAGAGAGCACUUCAGUUGUAUAUAAACUACCACAAGUAUCGGGUCAAGUAUGCACACCUCCUCACUGACUACAAUGCCAAAAGCGUAGAGCAUAUUCUCAACUCUGGAUUUUUUGGAGUACUGGACCAGCCAUUGAAUGAUGGGUCCAAGUGUUUAGUGUUUUUACCAGGAAGAUAUGAUAUUCACAACAUUCCUGUUAGCAGCUUGCUUAAAGCAGCCCUACUGGUAAUGGACAAGCUGAUAGAAGAUGAAGAAACACAGGUUCAUGGAUUGUCACUGUUACAGGAUCAGGAGGGAGUCUCCUUCAGUCAUGUCAUGACUCUAGUGGGAACUGAAGUUAUGAGGAAAGCUAUUCUUGUGGAAAUGGUCCAGGAUGCUUUCCCCGUGAGAUUCAAGAGCUGUCACAUGAUUCGACAGCCCUGGUACUUCAGCUUUGUCUACACGCUCAUAAAGCCGUUCCUGAAACAAAAGCUGCGAGACAGAAUUCAGCUACAUGGUUGGGAUGUGGAGGCCCUUCACGAUCAUGUUGACCCCAGUGACCUCCCCGAGGAAUUCGGGGGAGAGCAACCACCUCUACCCACUGGAACACUCACUAAACUAUUCCCAGGAGAACUGUAGUCAUUUAAUUUAUGGAGCUGGUCUCUCAUAUUUUAAUCAUUUUUUAAGUUUUUAAACUUUUUUUUAUGGUGUGUACGUGUACAUUCUUGCUAACAUGGAAUUAAAAU